AUGCUGCCGCCGCCGACGCCGAUGCCACCGCCGGUACCAUGGCUGCCAGACGGCCUCCUCGAGGAGGUCUUCCUCCGCCUCCCGCCAGAUGAGCCGGCGUGCCUCGUACGCGCCUCCCUCGCCAAUAAGCACUGGUUUGGCCUUCUCUCCGGCGCUCGAUUCCGCAGCCGCUACCGUGAGUUCCAUGGAGAUGCCCCCAUGCUGGGCUUCCUUUAUAACACGCUAUCACACUCUGGCUCGGCGCAGGAAGAUGACGUCCCACUCUUCUUCUCCACCACGAAAUUCGGCGCGCGCAUUCCCUUCAACCACUGGAAGGACUACACGGCGUGUGACUGUCGUCAUGGCCGUGCCCUCCUUUGUGAUGAGUACGCGGGACACGAGGAGCUCGUCGUUUGGGACCCCGUGACGGGCUGCCGGACGGACCUGGACGCGCCCUACGAUGUGUUCGACAGCUAUGGGGCGGCGGUGCUCUGCGCCGUGAGCGGUUGUGACCAUCGAGCAUGUCACGAGGGCCCCUUCCGGGUGGCCUUCGUCGGCACGAAAGAUACUGAAGUUGGUUGUGUUAUACACUCGUUCAAAAGGUCCACAAAACUGUCAGCGUCGGAGGCAGGUGCCACUGGGCAGCAAGAUCAACUGCUAGGAGCAACAAUAGAUGUUGAUGAUCAACUGCCAUGA